GUCUUUUGAUGAACAGGUUGUUAAUUUUAAUGAGUCCCAGAAUGUGGGAACUCCUAGAGUCCUAAAUCAUUAGCUCUAGAAACAGUCUUAGGACUCAUUUGGCUGAGCCAUCUCGUUUUAUAGAAGAACCAAUUAGGGCUGACAAGAAAGAGGACUGUAAAAAUGAAAACUUGGAAUAAACUCUUUAUUCCUAAAAGCUAAAGGAGUUCUGGGCUUCCCAGGUGGUGCAGUGGUAAAGAAUCUGCCUGCCAGUGCAGGAGAUGCUAGAGACGCAGGUUGGAUCCUUGGGUUGGGGCGAUCCCCUUGAGUAGAAAGUGGCACCCCCUCCAGUAUUCUUGCCUGGAAAAUUCCAUGGGCAGAGGAGCCUGGUUGGUACAGUCCGUGGGGCCGCAAAGAGUCAGACAUGACUAAGCAUACACACACACGAAGGAGUUCUAUGAUCAUCGUUAUUAUCUUUAUCAACAAGGCCACUAAGAUUUUACAGACUUACUUCAUGGCAGGCACUAUCUAAUUAAUCACCACAUAGGUAUAUUUUUAGGGUCCCUGGUUAAUUCAUCCACCCAGCUGAUCUUUCACCUGGUCUCUUUCAUGCAUAUCAUGCCUUCAGCAAGAAGCAAGCACAUCCUGAAGUUGGCGGUUGACAGAACAUGCUCUCCUGCUCUAAGGCACAACCUCUGGGCUGGAGUAGAGAGAACUCUGCAAAGAAAUAUCCUCUGCCAUGCUGGUCCCUGACAUAGCAGACAGCAGAGGAGUCGUGCACUCUGCUCUCAAGUCCAAGGCACUGGGGAGGACUUCCAGCAGAGGAAAUGCUUUAAACACACCUCAAUUUUUGGAGCCCUGUUUGGCAUCUUUCUAUUUUUCGGUACACUGGGAGACUCAGUCCCUGGAAGUGGAUCAAGAUCGUCUGGACCUCUGAGGGCCCUUGGCAGAGACAGCCUGCCUCCUGAGCACGUCUGGAUGUGAGGGUUGAGUUCCAGCUCUGUCUCUGCCUCACUGAAUGACCAUGGGAGGUCACUGAGCCUUGGUCUUCUCACCUGCACAGGGGAAGGAUUGCAUUGAUUGGUCACUGAAGCCCCUCAGACCUCCAAUUUUCUGUCAGUCUGGAAAUCUGGAUGCAGGUAUACUGCAAUCAGACUGGAAAUAUCUUUACACGAAUACAUGGGAGGUCAUGCCUGGAUGCUAGCCAUUCUGUGUGCUGCAACACUCCCCAAAGGGGGUUUCUCCUGGACAUUUGCCUCCACAUUAAAGAUGUUUGACUGGGGCUUCCCCGGUGGCUCAGUGGAUAAGAAUCCAGCUGCCACUGCAGGAGACAUGGGUUCAAUUCCUGGUCCAGGAAGAUCCCACAUGCUGCAGAGCAGGUUCUGGCCCAUUGAGCCCCUGGAGAGCUUCCCUUCCCAGAGGAGCAAGAGGUCCAUUUGCUCUCCAGCAAGACCUCCUGAUGGGGAGGCAUCUCGGUGGGCCUGCACAUGCUCUCAGUCUUGGACUUGUACUCAAGGGUGAAAAGAAGAUCCUGAGCCUCAGCCGUCAUAGGGCCCUGAGCCUUUCCCUGGCAUCUGACUUAAUCCCCCUCCAGGGCUGGACCUUUCUCGGGUGGAUCCUCAGCGAAGACCUCUGCCAUACCGGUGACCAGUAAGACCAGAAUGACUACCACAUGAUCGUCCUCAGGCCCCGGGCUCCCCGACCAUUAUGGGCUGCUGCCUCCGACAGCUGCAGCUAUUCUCCACCUGCAUGGCCUUCUCUCUGGGGGCCAGCGUGGGCACCUGGAAGGGGGCCAUAGGUAACUGGUCCAUGUUCAUCUGGUGUUUCUGCUUUGUCCUGACCCUCCUCAUCCUCAUAGUUGAGUUAUGUGGGCUGGAGGGCCACUUCCCUUUCUCCUGGGACAAUUUUCUCAUCACCUGCAACUGCUACUCCGCCCUCCUCUGCCUCUCGGCCUCCAUCAUCUACCCCAUCAUCUACGUUCAGCUCUUGUCCAACAGCCACGACUGGGACCGCACCAUCAUCUCCACUGCAUUCUCCUGCAUCGCCUUUGUGGCUUAUGCCAUGGAUGUGACCUGGACUAGGGCCCAGCCCAACAUAAUCACAGGCUAUAUGGCCACUGUGCCAGGCCUUCUUAAGGGGCUGGAGACCAUCGUGGCCUGUGUCAUCUUUGUCUUCCUCAGCAACACCUCCCUGUACCUGCACCAGCCGGCCCUGGAGUGGUGUGUGGCCGUGUACUCCAUUUGCUUCAUCUUGUCAUCCGUGGCCAUCCUGCUGAACCUGGGCAAAUGCGACAACAGGCUGUCCAUCCCCUUCUCCAUUUUCCAGCUUGUGCUGACCCUGCUUUCCGUCCUCCUCUACACCACUGCUCUGCUCCUCUGGCCACUCUACCAGUUCAACGAGGAGUUGAGCAGGCAGCCCCAGCGGUCCAGUGAUGUGAACUGCAGCAGUGGACUCCCCACCUCUGUGUGCACCUGGGACCAACAACUGGCUGUGGUUAGUUUGACAGCCAUCAACCUGCUGAUUUAUGUGACUGACCUGGUAUUCUCUGCCCGCCUGAAUUUUAACAGCAGCUGAGGCUUUGCCCAAGGGCUCCCAGUUCCUCCCUUGUCUCACCUGAAGUUCAUUACCAAGCUCUGAUGUCCUCUUUCUGACUCUCCUCUCUCCCUUCUCACAUCCUUCUGCAUUCAUCUCACUCCCUUUCCCACUUCCUUCCCACCUUCUGCUCUAUCUCCUUCCUAUUUUCUUUGAUUGCACACGUCCUGUUUUGCUUUUCUCUUGCUUCUCUCAUAUUUUCUACAUUUCCUGUUUUUUGCCCCUUUUCUGGUCAUCCUUGGUUUUCUCAUCUCCUGUGUCCUGACCACCUCUGCCCAUUUUCCUUCUUCUGACCCAUCAGGACCUGAGACUCCUUCCUUCUCUGCCCACCACCCCCUCCCACCUCCUAAGGUGCUGACUCCAUAGCACACAGCCCUCUGUGCAGCUGUUCACACCCUGGGCCUCUGGAGGGGCCUCGUUGCCAAAACGUGUCUGUGCCCCUGGUGUAUGUGUGAUGGGUUUGGGGAUGGGGGUGUAUAACUAGGCAUUGGGUCCUCUUUCUUUGUGUACAGUGUGUCUCCCAUUUAAGUUAAAAUAAAAAAUCUCUGGAGGUCAGUAA